AUGGAUUUAGAAAAUCAAAAUAAUAGUAAUAAUUAAGCUGAUUUGUAAGGAAAUAUUCAACUUUUGGAUAAUGAAUAACCUUAAGGAAUUUCAAGUUCUUAAUUUAAUAAAUAAUAAGCAGCAAAAAACACCUUAAAUGAAUCUAUUUCAGAAACAAUAAUGAGAGAUUUAAGAAUGAUAGCACAUAAAUUAAAAUAUGUUUUGCUUCCUAAAAUGCGUUAAGAUAAAGGACAAGAGUUGAAAGAUUGGGAUUUAUGGGGACCAUUAUUAUUAUGCAUAACCUUAGCAAUAACUUUAAGUCUUGCCUCAUCUGAAUAAGCAGAAACUGUAUUUGCUAUAAUUUUUGUAGUUAUAUGGAUUGGUGCUGGAAUAGUAACUUUAAAUGCAAAACUUUUAGGAGGAAAAAUUUCUUUCUUCUAAUCUGUAUGUGUUUUAGGAUAUUGUGUUUUUCCAAUAAAUAUAUCUUCAUUUAUAGUAAUAUUUUUACCUACAACCAAUUUCUUGCUAUUUUUGAUAAAAAUGUUUUUUUGUGCUGUCGGACUUGCUUGGUCAACUAAAGCUUCUAUUCCCUUUAUGGCUGUAUUAGUUAGUGAAGAGAAAAAAUUAUUGGCUGUUUAUCCUGUUUUAUUAUUUUAUCUUUUCUUAAGUUGGUUUGCUUUAAUUGCUUGA